CGCGGAAACACGUGGUUUACCAGUGUAUGAAAGUGUGCGUCUUAACUGAAGUGGAUAUUUAACAGUUUUCUUUAGUUUUAAUCUCCAGAUAUAAGCACGGGCUUUGAAACGUGUUGCUGAGUCGCCGGUGUAACGUCCGGUUUUGUUUGCUAACGUUCAGAAAGCCAGUGUAACUCAUCUCCAUCAUGGUUCGAGCAAAAAGGGGUAAACAGCCACAGAGACCAAAAAAGACAGAGCAGUAUGAUGAAGAUGGUCCUGAAGCCUACAAGGACAUGCCUGUCCCUGAUAAGAAAUCAUCACAGUACACAAAGGACAAAAUUGAUGAGUUUCACGAUAGGAGGAUUGCGAAUCUUCUCGCCCGUGGUGUUCAAAUGGAGAGUGAUUCAGAGGAAAUAGACGAUGAGGAGGAAGUGAUGGCUCUGGAUGAUUCUGAGUCGGAGGAGGAGGAGGAGGAAGAAGAAGAAGAGGAGGAGGAAGAAGAGAAUGAGGAUGAGGGGACAGACAUGGAGAGUGAUCUAGAGGGGAAAAAAGACGAAGGUAAACAGAAAAUCAUCCUUUUAUGCCCAGGACAUGGUCUACUCUUUGGUGGAACUAACCUAUUUAACUGCAAUUAUGUUUUUUUCCCCCUAGACCUUCCUAAUGAAAUGGCAUGGGGCAAAAAGAAGAAGAUGUUCUACGACUCUGAUUAUGUGACCACCAAAGGGAAAUCGCAAGAAGAUUUGGAAGCUGAGGAACAAGAAGAAGAAGAAGAGGCUAAAAAUAUCCAAAAUCGUUUGGCUGCAAAUCUGAGUGAGGAGGAUUAUGACUUAAACUUCUUUCAGGAAUUUGCUGUAGAGGAGAAGGAUGAAAAGAAGACUGCGGAAAAAGAGGAGAGGAUCGUGAAAGACCUGAAGCAGAUGUCUCAGAAGGAAAAAAUGAAACUCCUGAAGAAGGAAUCACCAGAGCUGCUUGAACUUAUUCAAGACUUCAAGGCAAAGCUUACUGAGCUGAAGGAUGAGCUGCGGCCCCUCAUGCAGAUGGUCAAGGAUGGAAAGAUCCCACCGGGAAAGGGUGCUGACUACCUGAAGACAAAACAGCAACUUUAUCUCAAUUACUGCACAAACAUCAGUUUCUACUUGGUGCUGAAAGCAAAACGAAUCCCUGCUCAUAACCACCCUGUGAUUGAAAGACUGCUCACCUACAGAAAUCUCAUCAAUGAACUAGGAGCAGUGGAUGCUCGGCUUGCACCAGAGUUUCGCAAGCUACUAGCUGGUGAGGAGAAAGAUAAGGCCACCAGCAAGUCAGCAGAUGGAAAGAAGACCAGAGUGUCCAAUAAGAAGGAAAAGAAUUCUGGAGAAACUAUGCCUGAGGUCGAGGAGGACUCAGACUCUGACCUGGACGAGGAAGCGGCUUUGCGUUUCUACAGAGACGUGGAGGAGCGGUUGAAAUUGAAGAGAAAGGGCAAUGAUCAAGAAGAGUUGGAAGAGAAUAACUAUCAGGAGGAAGAGCUGGAUCCAGAUUCUAAGAGAGGAAUCACUUACCAGAUGGCCAAGAACAAGGGGCUCACACCAAAGAGGAAGAAGAUUGACCGUAAUCCCAGAGUCAAGAACAAGGAGAAGUUCAGGCGGGCCAAAAUCCGCAGAAAGGGACAGGUACGCGAGGUUCGUCAGGAGCAGACAAGAUACAGCGGAGAGAUGUCUGGUAUUCGUGCUGGUGUCAAGAAGAGCAUCAAACUUAAGUAGCUAAAGAUAGAAUC